GAGAGCCUAGGAGUGGGCGUUUCACUUUUCCUGCUUCUGGGGAGCCCCUAAGGCUAUGCCCAUUGACAUGUGUGCAGCUUCUGCUUCUCCAGAUGUGGAAAACAUGAAUAAAAGAGACCGACCAUUCAUGACAAUGCAGAAAAACAAUAGCUCAGAUAAUCUGGUAUUCCAUCUGAAAAAUGGAAUGAGAAGCAUUAAGUAUAAGCCAGUAGACUAUCAGCAAAUGCAUGCAUUAACUGAAGCAAAAAAAUUAGCUGCUGCCUCCACAGAGCUAAAGAUCAGAAAAGCAGUGCAGACUUCAAAGGCAUCUAAGGAACAAACACUGAUAAAACAGCACAGACAGGUGUGGUGGCAGGAACACCAGAGGCUGAAUGAAGUCAGGGGUAAAGUGGAAUCUGAAAUAAAAUCUUUUCUCAAUGAAGAGAACCUUGGAAAUGAAUGUCUUUCUGACCUUAGGAAUUUUGAACAAGAGUUAUCAGAAAAAUGGUGCAUAUAUCUUAAAAAUGUAAUAAAUCCUCUUCAGCAAUUGAGAGAAGAUCUAAAAUACAGACAGUAUCACAGUCCACAGCAUUCAUACUCACAUACUGAGUUUAACUCAGUGAAAGUACUAGAAGAGGUUGACUUUGUGAAGAAACAAUUAAAAGCUGUCUUUGAAGAACUUAGCCUGGAGCAACAGAAAUUCGAAAAUGAUCUUUCAGACUUGAGUAUUAAAAUACUAGAUCAUUAUUCAGAAGAAAGGAGUAACUUGCUUAGUGAAUUGCCCCCAGAAUUGGAAGCUUUGGAAUGUCCAUACCCUGAUUUGAAAUCUUCCAUUUUUAAGGAGUUCUGUAACUUUACAGAGAAAUAUCAAAAGAAACUUCAUGAAUUUGAUCUGCAGUUAGAAGAUAUAUACAGAAACUUCCAGUUAAGUGAAGAAGAUCACUGGAUUUACCAGUCUGUUUUGGAUCAGUAUCCUGGAGAUCUUUGUGGCAGAAGGACUCUGUAUCUUGACAUGUUACAAAGAUAUUUUCCUCACAAAUCUAGGCAUGCUUUGGUUGAACAUGAGAAAUGCUAUCACCAGUAUCGCUUCACUAGGGAGCAGCGAAGGAUCCUAGUAUCAAACUGGAAUAAUAAUAGGAGACAUUUUAUACGGAAGGCUGUGCUGAUGCUUGCUGAAGCCUGUGCAACUUAUGAAAUGGAGAAUGCAUUGGCUAAGGACAGAAAAAAGCAACAGGAACUGUGUGCUGACCUGAAAUCUAAGGUUCUUCAAUGGCAAGCCCAGCAGGAAGAGGUAGCAAAACUGGAAAUGGAAAUUUCUGCCAGAAGAAAAGAAAAGGAAGAGGAGAAAGAGAAACUAUGGAAGAGGAAGGAAUUGUUGCAAAGAGAAGAGAAGAAAAAAAAGAUAAGAAAAUACUGGGCUAAAAAAGAACGGAAUUGGCAAGAAAUGGAAAUGAGAGAUCUUCAGCAUCUAGAAGAACUGAAGAAAUUAAUGGCUGAACAGUCGGCAAAAGACAGAGAAAGGGUUAACUAUAGACAACAAUUGUUGGAAAAGCGUUUGAUGGAGAAAAAAGAAGUGGCUCUUCAAGAAGCACUUGAAGAAGAAGAGAGAGAGAGGCGGCUAGAAGCCCUUAGGAGACAGGUUGCUAUUGUUGCUCAAUUUGAUCCUGUUAGAAUGAUGUCAGAUACAAUGGCAUCGAAAGCAAGAAUGGGUAUUGGAAUUGAGGAAGAAUUUAUUCUUCAAAAGCCACUCUUCACAUUGAAUACAUACAAUGAACAGCAGAUAAUUUCUGACCCUAGACUUCGUUUUGAGUUAGCACUUCGAGAAGCUGGACUUCAUAAAACCUUUUAUGCCAAACAGAUAUUACCAAAAAUCAGUCCUCAAAAACCUCCAAGAAAGGACAUGGAGUCUACUGUGUUUAAAAUUUAGAGUUCAUCUUCAAAUCCUAUUAAAUGUAAACAAAAUUUUUCUCUGAAUACAUUUAUAUGGAUAACAAUAAUUAUUGCUUUGUAAAAUUUUUAACUAUAUCAGACAUAGAAAUCAUAGUAUCUGUUAUGGUUAGAGCUGUGGAA